AACGCAUCAGAACACACCUGCGCGCGCACAUCGGUAGGAGCCGGGUGAAGCUCUUUUCACCGUGACCCCCUGCGAGGCCGAGGCCGCGACUCCCCGUACCCCCCCGCCCGACGCGCGACUCCGCUCCCUGCGAGCCGCGACGCAGGAGCACCAGCAGGCACCGUUCUCCCCUGCCGGCGGCCGCCGACCCCUCCCAAGGCGAGCCCACCUCGGCGGGCGGCCUUGCCCCCACUCUCCCUCUCACUACUAGCCUCCAUCUCCCAACCCUACCCUGAAGAAGAAGGAGAAGAAGGGCGCCCCAAGAUCUGCAUCCCCCAACCCUAGCUCUAGAGGAGUGCUUCCUCAACGACGGCCGGCGCCCCAAGCUCUGCUCCGGCGAAGUGAAGGCCCCUCCAGCAAGCUCCCCCAACUGUGCAAGCUCGCUACGUCAACAUGAGGCUCAACAAGGUGGAAGUGAACCUUAUAAGGCUGCUGGAGGCUGCUCCCCGCCAGCAAAAUCAGGCUAAACUUGUCUAUUAUGUAACCACAGCCCGGGAGCUGUUGGAGCAGCUAGGAGCUGAGACUACACCAGAAGGGAUAUCAAGCAUUUCAAAAGCUAAGCUUUCUGAGUAUUCAGAAAAGAUUGAAGCACUAGCUUCCAGGCUUGCUGCUUCAGUGCCUGAAAAUGAAAAGCCAAUUAUUGAAAGCAGAGAUGAAAUCUCUUAUGAAGAAGCAAAGCCAGAAAGUCCAAUAUCUUUAUCAUCAGGACUGCGAAGGAGAUCGACAGCCCAUGCCGAAGUUGGACCAAGCCAUCAGGAAGGAAAAGGAGAUAUUGGAGCACCUAUAAAAUUGGAUGCAGAAGCUCAGGCUCACAUUGAGAAGCAUAGGAAGCUCCAAGAAGAUUUGACUGAUGAAAUGGUCGAGUUAGCACGGCAACUGAAGGAAAGUAGCCUAGCGAUGAACCAAUCCGUGCAGGAGACAGAGAAGAUCCUUGAUUCUACCGAGAGGGCUGUCGAGCAGAGCUUGGCAAGCACGGGCCACGCAACCUCGCGAGCUGCAGAGGUCUACUCACUGGCUUCCAAGACUACGUGCUUCCAGUGGCUUCUAAUGUUUGUGAUGACCUGCAUGUUUGUAAUGGUGGUUCUGCUCAUAAGGAUCACCUGAAGGACGAGGCUGUAGCAGGCACUCAAACUUCUAUUCACCCUUGACUUUGUUUCAUGGUAACUCUUUGUGGUCAUGGUGUUUUCUCGACCAAGUGUCCCCAGCCAAACAAGCCUGUAUGUGAAACUGGAAGACAGCUGCCUGUACAGAGGCUUGAUGAAGUACUAUUUUAUUGGUCAGUCAGACCCGAGUGACUCCCUGAACUAAUAAUAUGAAAAUUGCUAUA